UGAUUUAAAGGAGGAGCAAUAUAUAGUCAUCCACUGGAGUGGAGUGGUGCAACACUUGAUGGCCUCCGACUCGGAUCGUGUUGGUGCGCUCAAGGCCUUCGACGACACCAAGGCCGGCGUCAAGGGCCUCGUCGACGCGGGCGCCACCACCGUCCCCUCCAUCUUCCACCACCCCCUCCCCCACCUCCACCACUUGCAUGCACAUCAUGAGCACCACUUCACCAUCCCGGUCAUCGACCUCGCGGCAGCCAUGGGUGGUAGUGGUACUACUACUACGCCGACGUCCGAGCGAGCUGAGCUGGUCGCCGCGGUGAAGGCGGCCGCGGAGACGGUGGGCUUCUUCCAGGUGGCGAACCACGGCGUGCCCAAGGCGGCCAUGUCGGAGAUGCUGGCGGCGGUGAAGGGCUUCCAUGAGGAGUCGGCGGGGGCCAAGGCACCGUACUACAGCCGGGAUUUUAGCAGGCGCGUGAGGUAUUGGAGCAACUUGGACCUGUUCCAGUCACCGGCGGCCUGCUGGCGCGACACCUUGUUUUUCGAGACGGCGCCGGAGCUGCCGGCGCCCGAGGAGAUCCCACCCUCGUGCAGGACCAUCGCGCCCGAGUACGCGAGGAUGAUGCAGCAGCUGGGACGCACCCUGCUGGAGCUGCUGUCGGAGGCGCUGGGACUCCGCCGUGGCCACCUGGAGGAGGACGCCGCGUGCCUGGAGAGGCUCGCCGGACACUACUACCCGCCCUGCCCGGAGCCGCACCUGACGCUGGGCACCACGCGCCACUCCGACCCUUGCUUCCUCGCCGUGCUGCUCCAGGACGCCGUCGGCGGCCUCCAAGUGCUUCUCCACGAAGACGAAGGCCACGACGGCAACAACAACAAGUCGUCAGGUGUGUGGGUGGACGUGCCGGCGGUGGAGGGAGCGGUGGUGGUGAACGUCGGCGACUUCCUGCAGCUCGUGUCCAACGACAGGUUCAAGAGCGUGGAGCACCGCGUGGUGUCGCAGCCCCAGAGCGUCGGGCCUCGCGUCUCCGUGGCCUGCUUCUUCCGGAGGCAUGACGCGGCCACGUCGACGAGAGUGCUCGCGCCAAUCGUCGCCGACGGCGAGGCGCGGUACAGGAGCACGACGAUGGCGGAGCUGAUCCGGCACAACAGGGCCAAGGGCCUCGACGGCAGCUCUGCGCUGCAGCACUUGAGGCUCUGAAUCCAUCCAUCCAAUCAAAACUAGCAGCUAUGAUUCCUAGCAAUGCAAGUUGCAAUAUUCUUGUUUGCUUUCCAAGUGUGCCAUGCAUGGAAUAAUUGGACAUCCGAUCGAUCUUGUUUGCUUUUCAUGAGAGGAAGCAGGAAGCCGGAAACCUACUCGAUCGUUUAGGCGUUCCUUCCUUCCUUGUGAAUAUAUACAAAUCUCAACUCUCCACA